CCUGAUAAUCCUAGUGUGUGAGUGUGUCUGUAAAUGUGUGUGUUCGCAGGCAACAAGCGCGUGUCGCUCACUGGUGGAGAGAGACAGAAGCCACUUUGGGUAGAGGAGAACGCACAUCACCAGAGCAGUCCGGUCUGAAACUGAAAUAACGAAUUAACAGGCUACCAACGGGCUUGUCAUUUAAUAACAUUUUAUCAACCGUUAACUACACAUGAUUAAAGGAGAGAAAAAAAACAAAAAACACCAUAAAACACAAUUGAGAUUCAUCCUCAAUAGUUUCCGUUCCAGCACCGGGAAAUAUGAAGACUAAAAACCGGGAGCAAAGCUUGUCUGAUUCCAGAGAAUUGGAUGGAUCGUAUGACCAGCUGACUGGUAACACUCCCACCAUCAAAAGUAAAAAGACUAUAAAGCAGAGAUUCCUCAAGCUGCUGCCCUGCUGCACGCCUUCUGUUGCUGCCUCAGUCAGUCAAUGCAACGUAGAGGAUGACUUUGAGUUGUCCACUGUGUGCCAUCGACCAGAGGGGCUGGACAAACUACAGGAGCAGACCAAGUUCAACAAGAAGGAACUACAAGUUCUCUACAGGGGCUUCAAGAACGAGUGUCCGAGUGGAGUGGUGAAUGAGGAGUCCUUUAAAACCAUCUACUCCACAUUCUUCCCCCAGGGAGAUUCGGGUGCGUAUGCACAUUUCUUGUUUGAGGCCUUUGACACUAACAAGAAUGGAUCGAUUAGUUUCGAGGACUUUGUGUUUGGUCUGUCUAUCAUUCUGAGAGGAACGAUAAACGACCGGCUAAACUGGGCCUUCAACCUGUACGACCUGAACAAAGACGGCUGCAUCACCAAAGAGGAGAUGAUGGAUAUAAUGAAGUCUAUCUAUGAUAUGAUGGGGAAGUACACAUACCCCUGUAUGCAGGACGAGGCACCCAGGGAACAUGUGGAGAGCUUUUUCCAGAAAAUGGAUCGUAAUAAUGAUGGUGUGGUCACUAUUGAUGAGUUCAUCGAGUCGUGCCAAAAGGAUGAGAACAUCAUGCAGUCCAUGCAGCUGUUCGACAACGUCAUCUAGGAGCCUCUGACAUAGGAAAGUGGCUAGAGGACUGGGGAGGUGUGUGUGUGUGAGUGUGCACCACAGGAGGUUGGUGGCACCUUAACUGGGCAGGAAUGGCUUGUGGUGAUGGUUGUAGCGGAGUAAGUGGAAUGGUAUCAAAUACAUCCAACACAUGGUUUCCAUGUGUUUGAUGCCAUUACGUUUGCUCCUUUAGUGGCCAUUAUGUGUGUGUGUGUGUGUGUGUGUGUGUGUGUGUGUGUGUGUGUGUGUGUGUGUGUGUGUGUGUGUGUGUGUGUGUGUGUGUGUGUGUGUGUGUGUGUGUGUGUGUGUGUGUGUGUGUGUGUGUGUGUGUGUGUAUUUCUCUCUGCCCUCACUCCAAGCCAAAAGGGGGUGCCCCCUCUUAUCCAGCCCUUCAUCUCUCCCAGAGACAUAGAGAAGAGAGGGGCUGGUGAUCCACAUCCACAUCAAGGACCGGUUCAGGAGUGAGCAACGUUACAGAACAUUCAGAUAGAAAUGUGUUGUGUAGAACAAAUAUGAUUGCCUGUCCUGUGUAAUAGGGAGUCAAUCGUGUCAGCUCUAUUCGUUACGUCUAUAUGCAACUUUUGGAGUGCUUUGUCUGGUUGAAAACACCCCUGGUUCGUUAACUAUUGUAUUAUUUUAACACUCCUGUUUCUGACACAGCUGCUGUAGCAUGCUGCCUGGACUCAAUGUAGGAUAAAGUCCCCCAUACUCACUGACCAAUUGUCAGUUUUGCAUGUCCCCACCUCAUGGUUAAGGUUAGGGUCGGGGGUGGCUAAUCCUAGAUCUGUGGUUAGAAGCAACUUCUACCAGAGCAGCUGGACCCCUGACACCUCUGUCAUUAAAACUAAGGUAACUACCGCCACUUAGUGGACAAAAGGAGGAAAGGACACUUGGAAAAGGGACAAUGGAACUGAAGGGACUGAGGAUCUGAAGGAUGAGACUUCUUGCGAACAGAAGACAGAGACAGAGUUGUUUUUAAUAAGGGACUGAUUUGAAUAUCGCAAUAAUGAUGUCAAUAAUAAUAACUUGUACAUAUAUACAGAAAUACUCCAAAGCCUGUCUGCCUGUCUGCUGUUGCAAGAGUCAUCCACCGGUGCCUCGCUCCGUGUGUGUGUGUGCGCGUCCGUGUGCGUACUUGUCAUUCCUGUCUCUGGUAGGAAACCAUUCAAAUUUCAACUCCAUAUGAGGCCUCCUUUGUACUAACACUAACAUAUGCUGACUGUUGUACCUCUUCCAAUUACCCUGCGGUCAAGAACUACUAGACAGUCUAAUGUGGGGCUGAAUUGAAGAACAUGCUACUUCGACCCUCUAGGCUUCAGUAGACUCCUUACCGUAUUUACAGGUGACUAGCUGAUGCAGUGAACUAUGGGAAUAGGAGUCGAAACGGAAAUGUCUGACUUAUCAAAUACUGUAAUGCGUCAUAUUAUGCCUAUCUUUCAUUAUACUGAUCAUGCAACGGAAGCUGAAAGCAUUUCUGUUUAGAUCGACCAUGAAAGAGCAGCAACAUGUCGAGGACAAUUCUACCUGAUACAGUAUCCAAGUUAUGCUUCUUGUUUCAUGUCUACGUACACAAAAUCAGGCGUGGGUGUUGUAGUGUGUGUGUGUGAGUGUUUGUGUGUGCGUGAAGGUGGGCA